CAUAAAUACGUCUAACCGUGUUGACCCAUGAUCGUCUUGACUUGAAGUCCUCGGCAUACGGGAGGUAACUCGAAGAAAUGGCCGAGACUUGUGUUUCUUCAAGGAUGUGUGAAACAACUGGCUGUGAUAAGGAAGCAAAGCUCCAGUGUCCAUCCUGUUUAAAGCUGGGGAUUCAAGGCUCAUAUUUUUGUAGCCAGACUUGCUUUAAAGGAUUUUGGGCAGAGCAUAAGAAGGUUCAUAAAAAAACAAAACAAGAUGAUACUCAAGAUUAUCUGACAGAGGAGCAGAGACAAGAAUGGGCAGGGUUUAGGUUUACGGGAAACUUGCGGCCAGGGAAAGUGCCAAUCAUGAGGACUGUACCAGACCAUAUACCCAGGCCAGAUUAUGCAUUACAUCCUUUUGGAGAGUCCGCGUGCGAACGUCAGCUCCGUGGCAACCACAAUAUCAAGGUGUUAUCAAGAGAGGAGCAGGAGGGGAUGAGGCUGACGUGCAGGUUGGGUCGGGAAGUCCUAGAUAUUGCAGCCAAAGCUGUCCGAGUGGGAGUCACGACUGCUGAAAUAGACAGAAUUGUGUAUGAGGCAUGUAUUGACCGGCAGUGCUAUCCCUCUCCAUUGAACUACUACUGCUUUCCAGGCUCAUGUUGCACGUCAGUGAAUGAAGUGAUCUGUCAUGGCAUUCCAGACUCUCGGCAGCUUGAAGAUGGAGAUAUUGUCAAUGUUGACAUAAGCGUAUACCACAAGGGCUUUCAUGGGGAUCUAAACGAGACAUUUUACGUGGGAAAUGUGGACGAGAAGUACAAACAACUUGUACGCAACUCAUGGGAGUGCCUGGAUCUCGCAAUCAAAGAAGUGAAACCAGGUGUACGCUACCGGGACAUUGGGGCUGUCAUUCAGAAACAUGCACAGAGCGGUGGAUUCUCCGUAGUCAGGAGUUACUGUGGUCAUGGAAUACACUCACUGUUUCACACGGCCCCUAGUAUUCCUCACUAUGCAAAGAACAAGGCUAUUGGUGUUAUGAAACCUGGUCACUGCUUCACUAUAGAACCCAUGAUAAAUGAAGGUGUUUGUACGGACAUUCUCUGGCAGGUGUUUGGAGGGACGAGAUGUGGCCAGACAAGUGGACCUCUGUGACAGAGGACGGCAAGAGGUCAGCACAGUUUGAACACACGCUCCUGGUCACAGAGACUGGCUGCGAGAUUCUCACAAGACGUAACGAAAACAACGGUCUCCCGCAUUUCAUGGACCAGGAGAGCCACUAACAAGCCUGGGCAGUACUCUCUAAACCUCUCAAGCUAUAUUUAAAAAAUGUUAUUUUAUUUGUAGUAAAUUGUUUAUGUUUUGAUAAGUUACACAAUUCUUUUCCAACAGAGUGUGAGGCAUUAAGCAUUGCACUUUCUGUGUGCAUGUACUACAGUAUUUCCCAGCUUGAGUUUUGAAGUCCUCUUUAACUGCAGAGUUAAUUCUAAACUUUCACAUUUGGAUCACCUAAAUGAGUACAUCUUGCUUAAACUUUCACAGUUUCAUGGCCGUAUUAUAAAGAGGAUCUUCAAAACAGAAAUUAUAGCUGCAACACAUUUUGGCAGAAUUAUAGCCCUUCAUCUUUUUUCCAGUACAGAAAUAGUCCAAAAUUUGUUUUUGUUGUUUUACUCCCCUUUAAAUACUUUGUUGACUGAUCUUAAUGUGUAGAUGAUCUUAAUAAAAUGAAAUUUGCAUGUGCUGAGUUUUGUCCGAAUUGUUGCCCUUUGUCUGCUUUCCAACAACAACAACAUGUAUUAGCUUUUAAGCAUACAAUUGCUUUUCAGCUAUAGAAUAUAUAGUACCAUAAUUGUGUUCUUCAACUCCUCUGUAUAAAUUUUAUAGAUAGGGUUUAAGCUGUGGGGAGUUUUGGCAGAAUUGUGACUCUUUGUCUGCAUUUCAACAAUAGAAUAUAUUAUACCAAUUUUUUUUCAGCUCUUCUUUAGUUAACGAAUGUAUUUCUAAAAAUGUUACAGUGAAAUUACCUUAACGUGUAGAUUGUAUAGAAAGGACUUUGCUAUGAAGUGUUUUAGCAGAAUAAUGGUCAUUUUGUUUUUCACUUGGCAUAUUUAGUCCCAACAUUUUGUGUUUUUUACUCAUAUUAAACAACUGGGUACAUUUUGCUGAAACCUUAAUAGACAACAAUGGGUAGUAAAAAUUAAAAAAACAAACAGAAUGUUGGCUGCUUCAAGUUUUGGCAGAAGUGUGGUUCACUGUUUUUCCACUAUUGAAUGUUUAGUCUCACAAUUUGUUAUGUUUGACUACUCAAAACGGUGAAUAAUCAUAGUGUUAAGAUAAUCGUUAAGAAUGGGAUGCAAAAUUAUGUCCAUUGGUGUGUUUUUGUCCACUGUAGAAUAUGUAGUUGAUCUGUUUUGUCCAAACAUGUGUUGUGGAGGAAUCAUUGUCUUUGACACAGUUCUGGUUAUUUUACUACCAUAGGAGUUCAAGUCUUUCUCAAGUUGUUCCUUUGCUUAUAAUAUAAGACAACAAGCAUUGUUAUAAAUGCAUAGAGAUAUGUAUGGCAAUGAUUUAUAUACCCAGUACAUCAUGUGAUAUUUUUUGUUGCUUAACUUACUGCUAAAUCAUCAAUUUUGUCUGUAAAACCAAAGUUUCAGACAGUAUUAUCUAUGUUAUUCUGUAUUGAACAUCUUGUUUGAUGAGUUUACUUCUUCUUUUAUUUGUUUGUUUACAAGCAUUUUAUUAUACGGAAAAUAUCUGUAAUCAUGCAUUUGCUACUACCGGUACAAAAAUAUAUGAAUGUUUAUGCCUAUAAGUAUUGAUAAGAAUUUAUCAUUAUUUGUAUGGUCAUUUAACUUGUGUUAUGUGUGCCUAAAAGAUUACUGGUACCAGUAGUAAGCCUUUGCAUAAAAAUAUAAAUAUUAUCUGUACUAUACACAUCUGCUGUAUAAUGAUCAGUGACUUUGCAUCAGUCAUUGAACCCAUUAUAUUAGGGACGAUGAUUUUCAUUGUUUUUUCUUUCUAAGUUAAGUGAAAGUUUUUUUGAUCAAUUCAAUAUUGAUACAUAUGGAAUUAGUAAUCAAUCGCUCUAAUUAGCAAAGUGAGCGGAAAAAAAAGCUGCUGAUAUUUCCAUCAUUUGUCAUCUUCAGUAAAAGGUUCAGUAAAAUAUCAAUUCAGACAUUAUUGGUAGAAUCUUUAAAAAUAAGAAUGCUUUAAACAGCAUUAAGUUAAUGUUUUUACAUUUAAUAUCACUUUAUUUCAUCGACACUUCAUAAGUAUAAAUAAAUAUUUAUAAUGAACAAAAAAGAGCUAUAUUUAAUGAAAAAAACAAACAAUAUGCCAUGACCAUAUUUAGUUUUGGUCUGUAUAUGUUUUAUUGAAAAUACACAGUACUAUAAUAACAUUCAUAUGAUUUUAAAAACAAAUUACUUUGAAAAAUUUUCUUCCUUUGCUGUUCAAGCACCUUAGGCAUUCUUGGUAUUUUAUAGCAGUUAUGUUCAUAAUUCCUUGAAACCUUAAAAUGCUACAAUGCAUCCAUAGAUCCUUAUGCUUCGCAAUUACAUCAACACUGGUUUUAAAUACAUGUGUAAAAAGUUCCUUAA